AGAAGCAUGUAUGGUGGCUGUUGGAGGAAUAUAACACUACCUCAAAAAAUGAAUGAAAAUUAGUCGCUAACAGAGAAUGAAAACGAAAUGGCGGUAGAGCAAAAUUGGUUUUUUCACCCUAGACUCAGCUAGGAGGCCUUCAAGGGUGGAAAGCGCCGUCGUGACCAGAGUACAGUUUAAGUUUGGAACAAGCAUAUGGUUUGCAUUGGGAAAGGACAGUUGGAUGAAAUGAAGAAAAAUAAUGCCACCAGUCUCGCUGAAGUCAGUUGCUCCAAACUUAGGCGCGCCAAGUUGAAUGGCGAAUCUUUGGAGCGUAGCUCGAGAAUGGUUCCUCAAACAGAAUCCGCGACGCAAUGUAACACCUCGCAAAAUUAGUACAGUCUUAGAGAUUCUACAGAACCAAGAAGAGGCUAAAGAUCACGUUUAUUAUGAUGCCUUAAGACGAAUUUCAGCUUCCAAGGAUGAAAGACCCACAAAUGGUUGCGCUAAAAUCAACUCCUUACAAGACAUCCAAGAGGAAGACAGAGAGCAAGCACCACUCACCAGUAGGAGGUCUAUCGUGAAAAAGUAUCUUCUUUCAAUUCGACAGCCCAUUGGAAAGGUUUUGCGAUCUGAACGACUUGUUGUUGAUCCAGAGGACGACAUCUACUACAUAUGGAUGGGUGUGAUCGCAGCCACAGUUAUCUACAACUUUUGUACCGUUAUUCUCAGAAUCGCGUUCACAGAAUCAUCGGAAGAGUCUCUCUCUAGAUUCCUGUUCUGGUGGGGUGAUGUUUUUGCAGACGGCUUUUAUGCCUGUGACGUGUGUGUACAGCUAAGAACUGCUUAUCGAGAUGAUCAGGGAAUCAUGGUCAAGGAUCCUGUGCAAUUAUCAGAGAUGUAUUCAAAGAAGAGACGAUUUAAAAUUGAUAUUAUUUGCCUUCUACCCCUGGAAACAGUUUCUAGUUUGAUAUUUUUACCCUGUCAUUUUUCGCUGUUCCGUUUACCCAGACUGCUCAAAUGGCACUCAGUUGAAACAUUUUUCCUUAUGAGUGACUAUCGAACCAGCAAACCCAAUCGCCUGCGGGCUUCCAAACUGAUUCUGUACUUGAGUGUGGCCAUGCAUUGGGUUGCUUGCUUAUACUACGCCAUCUCAGAGUAUGAAGGACUGGGUACUAAUGACUGGGUGUACACAGAGACCGAGAAAGGUGGUGAUCCUCUAACCAGGAAGUACGUCAAAUCCUUCUACUGGUCUGUCCUUACCUUGAUGACAAUUGGAGAAACACCAAGUCCCCAGACAAAUCUUGAAUACAUUUUUACUGGCUGUAUGUUUCUCUUGGGAAUCUUUGUGUUUGCCACGGUUGUAGGCAAUGUUGGUGACGUCAUUAGCAACAUGAAUGCAGCGAGAACUAAUUUUCAAGCGAGGAUGGAUGCCAUCAAGCAGUACAUGGAGCAUCACAAUGUUCCUUACAUGCUACAGACUCGGGUCAAACGAUGGGCUCACUACGCAUGGAGCAGGACACAAGCCCUAGACGAAGGGGCGUCUUUGGAAAUGCUCCCUGAGAGAUUAAGGACUGAGAUAGCCAUUCACGUGCAUCUAGACACGUUACGAAAGGUGAAGAUCUUCAAGGACUGCGAGCAAGGCCUGCUGUGUGAGUUGGUGCUAAAACUUCGACCGCAAAUUUUUUCGCCUGGAGACUACAUCUGUCGUUGUGGUGAAAUAGGACGGGAGAUGUACAUUAUCAACAACGGGAAAGUUGAGGUAGUAAUACCAGACUCAAACACAGGCGAGGAGGUUGUGGUAGCGUCCCUCACUGAGGGAAACUAUUUCGGGGAGAUCAGUUUGUUAAGACUCGACGCCGGUAAAAACAGACGCUCUGCUGAUGUGCGCUCAGUGGGUUACUCAGAAUUGUUGUGUCUCUCUCAAAAGGACCUAAUGGAGGCUAUAGAGGAGUAUCCUGAAGCUAAAAAAGUACUAGAAAGUCAAGGGAGAGACAGAUUACAGAGGACAAGGUCGAAUAACAAUCUCUCAAUACCCCAUCCUGAUUCAGAAAGAGAACAAUUUCGUAACCUAGAAUUCAACUUUGCGAGGGAAAUCAGCAUCGUCAAAGAACUCUUGGAGGAAAUUAAAGAAAACAAAAACGAGUUCUGUAAAGACGAGCCCGUAAGGAGUCUUAGAGAAGAGUGCUUAAACUUGAGGAUUCAAAUAGAGACGCAAAUGGAGGAAAUAGAAGAAAUUAAACAACAGCUCGCAUUACGAAAAAGAUCACCCAAUGAAGAAAAGAGCAGAAAAAGGUCAAGUGCGGAGGCAAAGGCUGCGAGGAGACUGAUCGAUAAAGUUAUUUCAGCAGCAAAAGAAGCUGCGUCACACAAUUCUACUAGAACUUUCCAAGAAAGAGAUGUUGAUAAUGAGAGUCAAUUGAGAACAACUGAAAAUGAAUUGCGGCCAAGAAACGGAAUUGCUCGACACGAUGUUCCUGAUAUAUUCGUAGAGAAUGAUGUCGACGGAAGAUGUUAUCUUGGACCGCGUAGAAGAUCUUUAUUUGAUGACAAUAACAAUGAUUAAGCUGUGCAAGAUGCGACUUCAGUUUCAAAACAUAAACUAGGCCUUUUACGAGACGCCUCAAAGCCUUUGUUACAAAACGAGGGUGAGUUUGAAGCCUUUGAAGUUUAGUGCGAGGUGUUAUUUUGAAAGUGACUUAUUUUGGAACACGGAAAUGUCCUAUUAAAUAGCCAAAGACUCGACGCUUUCAAUGGAGAUGUCCAGAAGAUCGCCAAAUUAACAUUAAUGAUUAAGAUGUCCUCGCGAAUUAGAAAGAAGUCACAAUAACGAAUUUUGUUCAGCUUACAAAAAAAGGUCAAUUUAGUGAAGAUGUUUUUUUUCGGAGUGUACCAGUACUGCGUAAAUGAGGACAAAUGUGAAACGCGAGUGUUUGAAAAUUUUACUAGUUCGGAUAUGAAUACACAGAGAGCCAUUUUUUCCGAAUGACGAACACGACCACACUAGGUUUUUCGCAUUUUAAUCACUUCUUGUCUGCAGACAGAUUUGUGUUUGUUGUAAUUGCUCUUGUACCAGACAUAAACAAAAAUGAGAAGAUAAAAACGUGUUAAAACUGAAAGAAUAAUGAUGUUAUGAAAGCGCUGAUUUUGAUCCGUGGUAAGCGCUUUACAGCACUAAAAGAAUUAUCUAGAAAAAAACAAACUCAAAUUUUCAAUUUUGAUAACAAUAGAAUGCAGCGACAAUAAAGGCACAGUGGAGAUUAG